ACACACAUAGCUAGCUAGCUAGCAACACCAAUGGAGUUUUUGACAAUUGCUAUUGGACUAUUAUUGUCCUAUGCAUUUAUCAAAGUAGUUCUCGGUAUACACAAACCGAAACACCUUCCUCCAGGACCAACCCCAUUACCGAUCAUUGGAAGCCUUCACUUACUUGGUGACCAUCCACACCAAUCGUUAGCGAAUCUCGCAAAAAUCCAUGGCCCGGUCAUGUUUUUAAAACUCGGUAAUAUCACUACACUAGUAAUAUCCUCGGCUUCAGCCGCGAAAGAAGUCCUCCAAAAACAAGACCUUGCCUUCUCAUCUACACGACAUGUACCCGAUGGGCUAAAUGCCCAUAACCAUUCAGUGAAUUCUGUUGUUUGGAUGCCAAUAAAUGUGCAAUGGCGAACCUUGCGCAAGAUUAUUAAUACCAAUAUUUUUUCGGGGACUUCUCUUGAUGCUAGCCAAUAUUUGAGGACCAAAAAAGUGCAAGAGUUAGUAACAUAUUGCCAAAAAGCUAGCCAGUCUAACGAUUGUGUGGAUAUUGGUCGGGCUGCUUUUAGAACCUCGUUGAAUCUCUUAUCCAACACGAUUUUGUCUAAGGAUUUAACUGACCCGUAUGAGGAUUCGGGUAAAGAGUUUAAGGAGGUAUAUGGUAACAUCAUGAUAGAAGUUGGGAAGCCAAAUUUGGUUGACUUUUUUCCUGUGUUUAAGAAAAUGGAUCCACAAGGGAUUAGAAGGAGAUUGACUAGUCAUGUUGGGAAGGUUCUUGGAUUGUUUGAGGAAUUGAUUAAUGAAAGAUUGGGUAAGAAAAAUGUUAAACAAGAUCCUGAUGUAUUGGACAUGAUUUUAAAGAUUAAUCAUGAGAACCCACAGGACAUCAAUAGGGAACACAUCAAAAGUAUGCUUUUGGACUUGUUUGUUGCUGGAACGGAUACAACUUCAAAUUCAUUGGAAUGGGCCGUGGCAGAAUUACUACGAAACCCACACAUUAGGGUUAAAGCUAAAGACGAACUUAAAGAAGUUAUCGGAAAAGGUAAAAUCGUAGAAGAAAAAGAUCUUCCGAAACUACCUUACUUACAAUGCAUUGUGAAAGAGACAUUAAGAAUUCAUCCUCCAAUCCCUUUUUUGGUUCCUCGAAGAGUUGAUAACGAAGUCAAAAUCAACGGCUACAUUGUCCCAAAAGGUACACAAGUGCUUGUCAAUGCAUGGGCCAUAGGGCGAGACCCAACCAUAUGGGAAAACCCACUCGAGUUCAAGCCAGAAAGAUUUUUGAACUCAAAAAUCGAUGUCCAUGGUCAAGAUUUUGAACUAAUCCCUUUUGGUGCUGGACGAAGAAUAUGUCCUGGUUUGCCACUUGCGAUUCGUAUGAUUCCUUUGAUGUUGGGGUCAUUACUCAACAACUUCGAUUUGAAUCUUGACAAUAAAAUCCGACAAGAGGAUUUGGACAUGACAGAAAGGUUUGGUAUUACCUUACAAAAGGCGGAUCCUCUUUGUGUUUUUCCAGUAUCCUUAAACUAGCACAAUGCAUAUGUAUGUUUGUGUAUGACAUUUGCUUCACAUAUUAUUAUCUUUGGUUAUCUUGUAUUCGAAUUCUCAGUGCACACCUAUGUUAUGUGAUUACUGAUUAAGCUUUGGAUGUUUUAAAGAGUUAUGUUUUAUUCA